UUUAAGCCGGCAUUUUUGAGAGGGAGGUCCCUGCGAAGCAUAUACAAACACUCAGUCAAGCAUCUGUACUCACCCCACAAGCUGCACUAGUAGCUGGCAGAGAACUGACCUAUUCCUUCACACAGGAACUGGCAUGGCUAACAAAGGUCCAUCCUACGGCAUGAGCCGGCAGGUUCAGGAUAAGAUCGACAGCAAGUACGACCCUGAGCUGGAGCAGAUCCUGGUGGAGUGGAUCAACCGUCAGUGUGGCGCCAGUGUGGGAAAGCCAGAGGCAGGCAAGACGGGAUUCCAGGCUUGGCUGAAAGACGGAUGUGUCCUGGGCGAGCUGAUUAACAGUCUGUCUCCUGGAGAUAAACCUGUGAAGAAGAUCCAGAGCUCAACCAUGGCCUUCAAACAGAUGGAGCAGAUCGCCCAGUUCCUCGGUGCUGCCGAGAAGUAUGGUGUCACCAAGACCGACAUGUUCCAGACUGUGGACCUCUGGGAAGGUAAGGACCUGGCAGCAGUGCAGAGGACUCUGUCAGCUCUGGGCAGCUUGGCGGUCACCAAGGAUGAAGGCACAUACAAUGGAGACCCCAACUGGUUCUUCAAGAAAGCGAUUGAAAACAAGCGAGACUUCAGCGACGACCAGCUGAAGGCGGGCAAAAAUGUGAUUGGCCUACAGAUGGGGUCCAAUAAGGGAGCCAGUCAGGAGGGCAUGAGCUACGGCAGACCGCGACAGAUCAUGUAAAAUCUCUGAGCCAAAGAUUCCCCAAAUAACUUCGGCCCCUUUACCCUGAUGCCCAUUAUGCUCUCUUAGAGUCUGUAAGCAUCUUACUGGUUCACUACAACUCUCUUUUUUAUCAUAAACCAUUUCCUGCUUCAGAAUUUAGCUAUUUUCUAACAAGUGCCCCAUAUUCCCAAGGCUUUACACUCGCCCUGAACCCCUUAUGUAGAUGCUUGCACUGGUGACCAUCCCAAAAGGACCAGAACAACUGAAUGUUUGUAGUCUUAAGUGGAAAUAGUAACCAUAAAAAUGACCAACACAUUGCCUUGGAGUUUUAAAAAAACAAACAGCAAAAUGACUAUGUGAGCAGUUGAGCUGUUCCCUUCCUUCUACAGGAUUUAAGAAACAGUUCUCACAUCACAGAUAAGCAACCACUGUUUCAUCUCUGAAGCAAAACAAAUGUCUGAAUUAUGGCAUCUGUUUCCUAGAUUUUCAAAAUGGUUCCAGAUUUUGACACAAAUAUAAAUCUGUGUUUACGAAGCAUUCAGACAGGACUUUUUUUUCUAAUUUGAGUGGUACAACUGCCUGAUACACCAGUUCUCCUUAAUUUUACUGUUACAAAAUUGAUCAAUACUUCCCACUUCCCACAAUGAUACGCCUGCUGUAUCAGCACCAAUAUUUUUGUACAUUGUCCUAUUAAAUAAUGACUUUGAAAUA